AUAGUAAUUAUUACGAAUAAGAUCAGGAUCUAUAAUAGACACUGACAAAUGACAAGCGACCAUCAUCGAUACUGUCUAGUAUUUCCUAAGUACACGCACUGUUGUUGUGCAGGUACAAGUGCAUCUCAUCACUCGCCCUGCCGCUGCCGGAUGGGACUGAAUCACUGAAUAAUACUGUUGCAAACUAGCUAGCGUCGGCGGUCGGCGCGGCGCCGGUGCAAUGCACCCUGACGGACUCCUGAGACAGCGCCAUGUGCUCCCCGAGCCACGCUUUCCAGUGCACAACAUUUUUCAGUACAGUGCUAGUACAGUAUCUCUGGCUGCCUGUCCCCAAAUUAAUCAGCUGCGAGCCUGCAUCACACUGCUGGCUCCUAAAUUAUUGCUGCUGGUAUCAUUAGCUAUAGUAUUAAUAGUCUCCUUCAGGUCCCUCUGGAGCUGAUCAGGGGCUUGCCAUUUGUUGAGCCAUACUGCGAUUCUCGACUCCUUAGUUCCUCCGCUGGAUUGUCGCAUCUUGCUUCUUGUGGCGGCGCCCGUGAUCCCGGUUGCUGAAGACUGGAGGGAGAGCUGUCCGGGCGUGCAAGAAUCGAGAGGCACGUUUCCAGAAUCUCUCAGGUUGCAAUUUCUUGACCCAAGGGAGAUACCGGUGAUUUUAUCAGGGUUUAAUCCCUCGAAAUUGCAGCUUCAAGAGAAAGAUGAAAUCUUUGACAUUUUUGCUGUUGAUUCUGCUGGUAUUAUUGAUCCUGGGGAAUGUACAAGCACAAUCCAAACCAGUUCUGAUCAACUGCGGCUCGGAUUCCAGCACUGAUGUCGAUGGCAGGAGGUGGGUGGGGGACUCCCAUCCUGACGGCAGCAACUUCACACUCACCUUGCCAGGAGCCAUUGCCCCAACUCCAGAAGCUGAUGGAGAAGAGGUGUAUGGAGACCUCUACAAGACUGCUCGCGUCUUCAAUGCUUCAUCGAGCUACAAGUUCAGUGUUCCUGCCGGAAGCUACUUCCUCCGGCUCCAUUUCAGUCAGCUGUUCACCAAUCUCAGUGCCAAGGAGUCGGUUUUCGAUGUUACUGCUAAUGGCCUGAAGUUGGUUUCCAUGUUCAAUGUUCCCGGAGAAAUCUAUUGGAGGAACUCCAAGAUCAACUCCACCAGCAACAUUAUUGUGAAGGAGUACCUUCUGAAUGUCACCUCUGGAAAAUUGGAAAUUGAGUUUGCUCCUGAUGCUGGGUCAUUUGCCUUCAUCAAUGCCAUGGAGGUUGUGCCUGUCCCCGGCAACUCGAUUUUUGAUUCGGUUAACAAAGUGGGUGGUAUUGGGUUGAAGGGCCCUUUCAACCUUGGAGGCAGCGGGAUCGAGACGAUGUAUAGGGUAUGUGUGGGAGGUGGUAAAAUUGAAAGGAAGGAGGAUCCUCGCUUAUGGAGAAAUUGGGAUUCAGAUGAGCAUUUCAUAUUCUCUCUGAAUGCUGCUCAUGCCAUCGGAAAUUCUUCCAACAUAAGUUAUGCAUCAAGUGAUGAUUCUACGUCUGCGCCUCUGAGGCUCUAUGAGACUGCUAGGGUGACGACAGAGAAUUUCGUCGUGGACAAGAAAUUCAAUGUAUCAUGGAGAUUUAACAUAGACCCUGAUUUUGAUUAUCUGGUCAGGCUUCAUUUCUGUGAGCUUGAGUACGACAAGGCCGAGCAGCGGAAGUUCAAGAUCUACAUAAACAGCAAGACUGCUGCAGUGAACUAUGAUGUGUUUGCGAGAGCUGGAGGGAAGAACAAGGCCUUUCAUGAGGACUUCCUUGAUGCUGCCUCGUCGCAGACAGACACCCUUUGGGUUCAGUUGGGUUCUGAGUCCUCAGCAGGUGCUGUAGCUGGUGAUGCACUUUUGAAUGGCAUGGAGAUCUUUAAGGUCAGUCGGAAUGGAAACCUUGGUCAUCCAACUAUGAGAAUUGGGGGAAUCGGUGGUGGCACGGUGAAACCAAAACGGAGCCCUAUGUGGGUAAUAAUUGGUGCAGCUGCUGGUUUGGUCAUUUUUAUCUCAAUUGCUGCUGCUGUUUAUUUCUGCUGUUAUCUGCGAUGGAAGAAAACUGCUUCAGAUAACAAAACCAAGGAUAACCAACUGGGUUGCUGGCCACUUUCCCUCCAUGGUGCUACAGCAAUGGCUACAAAUGCCCGUGCCUCCCCGACUCUUCGCACUGCUGGAACAUUUGGGAGCUGUCGGAUGGGCAGGCAGUUCAGUAUUGCAGAAAUCAAAACAGCCACCAUGAACUUUGACGAGUCCUUGGUGAUUGGAGUCGGUGGUUUCGGCAAGGUGUACAAGGGUGAAAUGGAAGGUGGCACUAUGGUGGCAAUUAAGAGGGGCCAUGCACAGUCUCAGCAGGGUGUGAAGGAAUUUGAGACAGAGAUUGAGAUGCUCUCAAGGCUGCGACACCGACACCUCGUGUCCUUAAUUGGUUACUGUGAUGAACAAAAUGAAAUGAUCUUAGUUUAUGAGCACAUGGCAAAUGGCACCUUGAGGAGCCAUCUUUAUGGAAGUGACCUUCCUGCUCUUACAUGGAAGCAAAGGCUUGAAAUAUGUAUUGGUGCAGCAAGGGGGCUUCACUACCUGCACACUGGACUUGAGAGGGGUAUAAUUCACAGGGAUGUCAAGACCACCAAUAUUUUGCUAGACGACAAUUUUGUUGCGAAGAUGGCAGAUUUUGGUAUCUCAAAAGAUGGUCCACCACUGGAUCAUACUCAUGUUAGUACUGCUGUCAAAGGGAGUUUUGGUUAUCUUGAUCCAGAGUACUUUAGGAGACAACAGUUAACUCAAAGUUCAGAUGUGUACUCUUUUGGCGUUGUGCUGUUUGAAGUGCUAUGUGCUCGACCAGUCAUAAACCCAACCUUGCCAAGGGAUCAGAUAAACCUUGCUGAGUGGGCUCUCAAGUGGCAAAGGCAGAAAUUACUCGAGACCAUAAUUGACCCUCAAUUAGAUGGAAAUUACACACUGAAGUCCGUCAAGCAACUUAGUGAGAUAGCAGAAAAAUGCCUUGCGGAUGAGGGGAGGAACCGUCCUUCGAUGGGUGAAGUCCUGUGGCACCUAGAGAGUGCUUUGCAGUUGCACCAAGGUCAUCUGCAAAGUGCAAGUGGCGAUGAUCUAUUAGGACCUGAACCGAAGAUCUCUGAUGCGUCUGCUAAUAUAGGAUGCAUCGAAGAAGUAGAAGAAUGCACUCAUGCAGACUGUCAGGAUGCAGAUGGGGAAGCUGUUGAUGUCAAAAUUGAGGUGCCAUGUUGAGGAAGGGCUGUUUGAAUUAGGGUUCUCAAGCAACUGAAUAGGGUGUGUGUCCAGCAAACAACAUGCAGUAAUGCAACACCAUAUAUGGUUGUCCCAACAAUAUAUUGAAAUUGUUUUGGUUCAGUGGGGUUGAUUCUUUUUUCUUGUGGUUUGUACUUCCACUGAUGUAGAAAGUGCUAAAUGAUGUUAAUUUGAUUGAUUCUUUUGCAUUACUCUGGAAUCAUA